GUAGGUACCCGGUUAGUUGACGGACCAGUAUUCACAUCACUGUCAUCAUGGAGACGUGUGUGCUUUUCGUUACGGCUAUGUUUUCCGUCUUUUUCAUCACCACAGCACAAAAACAAGCAGAAUUCUUGGAAGCGCACAAUUAUUUCCGAGCUAAGGAAGGCGCUAAAGACAUGCAGGCAAUGACUUGGAGCAGAGCUAUAAAGAAAACUGCGGCUACGUGGGCCCAGGAGUGUUUAUGGGACCAUAGCCCCUCCUCGGACCGGAAAAUCACUUGGGGUGGAAAGCAGGUUUCUGUUGGAGAAAACUUAUUUUGGUCUUCAGCCAAGACUUUAAAUGUUACAAAAGUUGUCAACAUCUGGUACGACGAAAAGGAUGACUACAACUUCAAAGAAGGCUCCUGUGCUCGUGGGGAAGUGUGUGGUCACUAUACACAGGUUGUAUGGUCUACAUCUAACAAGCUUGGAUGUGCUGCUGUCAGCUGCCAGCCCCUCUAUAAACUUAAGGAUGAUAAGAGAGUAAAAUUAACAUCCUUAGCCUGGCUUGUCGUGUGUCAGUAUGCACCUGGGGGCAACAUUAAAGAUAAAAAACCCUAUACAAGAGGGACCCGCUGUUUGAGAUGUCCAGAAGGCACCACCUGUGACUCCAGGAAGCUGUGUGUCAAGGACAAGAAAAGAGAACUGAAUCUCCUACUCGAAGCUUUAUACCAACUCAAAGACUUUGAAGAAAACAGUAAUGAAGAAUGAUAAAAUCACAUCUUAACAAUCCAACUCCAUUUGGAUCAAAUAAAUAUUUUAUUAUCAUUAAAAGUGUCCGUUAUCAACAAGAUCAAUUUCACAAAGCACCUGACCCUGUCUAUACAUGUAACCAUGGAUACAAAGAUAAAACCAUUGUGUAAAGACUUAACAAAAGCAAAGAGUUUAUGUAAUAAAUAUAAAUACAUGUACAUAAAAUAGCAAUAGACAGGGUUAUUCAACAGACACCAUCGAUACAAUACCCCACAGACAGUAUGGAUGUUUAGUUCCUGGAAUGUGAUUGGUGAACCAUUCGUAUUGUGUUUCGAUAGUUUUCUCACUUUCGUUGGUUGUCCUUGUGUUUGAUCGUUAAUUUGACCCCAUAGUACUGCAACACCACAUUCAUCUCUCUCAAACAAA